UGGAGCGCCGGGCGCGCAACGGCCCGAGGCUGGAGCUGAGGCUGAGGCAGGGCGGCGCCGGCCGGCUCUCGCUUCCUCGCCGGGGUCCGCAGGAAUCUCAGGAAACCAAAAUGAGGCACAAUCAGAUGUAUUGUGAGACACCACCUACUGUCACUGUUCAUGUAAAAUCAGGGUCAAAUAGGUCACAUCAGCCUAAAAUUAAUCUCAAGCGUACUAUUUUUAAAGAUAGUUGGCAAGCAUCUGAUAAAAAUGCACAUAACAACAACAAAUCUAAACGUCCCAAAGGGCCUUGUCUAGUUAUACAGCGUCAGGAAAUGACUGCUUUCUUCAAAUUAUUUGAUGAUGAUCUAAUUCAAGAUUUCUUAUGGAUGGAUUGCUGCUGUAAAAUUGCAGACAAGUAUCUUUUGGCUAUGACCUUUGUUUAUUUCAAGAGAGCUAAAUUUACUAUAAGUGAGCAUACCAGGAUAAAUUUCUUUGUUGCUUUUGCCUAUUUCAUUUCAGUUGCAAAUGACCAUCAAGCAAGCAAAGAAAAGAACGCUAAUUUCAUGAAGAAAGACAAAUCUAUGGAGUGGUUUACAGGAAGUGAAGAAUAAGAUGGUUCAAUUAAAGCAACAUGGA